AAAUUGAUGCCAAUUUGAUGUGUUUCUUUGUUCUUUAAGACUGUUUGUGUUCAGUUACUUAAAUAAUACUGUAUUGUAACAAUCUAUGUUUACCAGUACCAAAAUAAAGCACUUAUACAUUAUACACAGGUGUGGCAUCAGGAUACAUACAAAUACUGGUCUUUGGCUGUCAUGUUUCAACUUCAUCUAAGUUGUGUGAGUUGAUAACCUUUGGGCACACUGAGAAGAAUUUUGUUAAAUCCAGAUUCUGCUAACAGAGGUCUUAACUGGUAUAGGUUUUGAACUGUUGUAAUAGGCAAAAUACACCUGUACAGAAUUUGCUAAUGAUGAAAGAUUUAGUUCUGAAUUCUGCAAAGAGUUACCUGCUGAGAUAGAAUAAUUAAAUCCAACUGGUGUUGACAGUAAUGCAUAAGAAAAUAGUGUGUUCUGUCUUUCUAACUUUUGUUGUCAAAUUUGCAUUACUAUUAGCACCAGACAAGUCUGAUAUAGCUCUGAACACAACAGUGGAGCCUUUUGCUGAAACACAACCAAAUCAGACUGUAUCCCUUAAAGAGGAGAAGACUUUGAAUAAUAAAAGUAUUAUUCAAGAGGGAAAGACAAAGGAAGCAUUAUUAGGGGAGAAUGAGACAGGGAUUGAGACUAAUACAAGAGGUUCUCAGGUAUAUUUUGUAAAUGAAGAAGAUGCAAACAACAGUGCUGCUACAACAGAAAUGCCUUUCCUUGAAACUGAAAUUUCUUAUUUAUUAGAUACACUCAGUACAGUAAAAGAAGAAAAUGUGACAUCAGUAGAUGCUACAUACACAAGUAUUGCACCUAAAAACAAUGCACCUACAAGAGAAGAGAGCUCAGAAAUAUUCCUUGAUGAUCUGUGUGUGUGUGACCUAUAUGUGGGUGUAUGUGAUGUUAAUUGUUGUUGUGACAUUGAUUGUUCUGCAGAUGACAGGAAAGUGUUUACUGAGUGUUCAAAGGUGUGGCAAAGUUUAGAUUUUCGUUACUGUCUACAGAAGGAGAUUCUCUACAGGAAUAAUACUGAGUAUAAAUUAGAAAGAACAUCUAGUGGAAUUUUUUGUAUUGUACAUGAUAACUUAAAGAAACGUCAUCUAUAUAAAGAUGCUAAAUCAGUAGAAAACAUAGAAGAGUUUAAACAGUUACUUCCACCAAAUAUUUACCCAUGGUUUUCAAACUCUUUUGAAGAACUAGUGAUCUUUUCCAGUAAAGAGUUUAUGGUAGGUGAUCCACUUUGGGUUGUUUCAGUUGGAGUUGAACAAGUAAAUCACUGGUAUUUGCCAGGUUCUUUAAUGAGUAGUUUUUGUGAUGGCUCUAUACCAGUGAAAUACAUGAUCAACCAUGUUUCUUCAUGUGUACGACUUGUAUCAAAAAAGUGUGAGCAAGACCUUGCUCUUACAGCUACAACCUAUUAUCAGAAGUUCUAUAUAUUAAAGUCUCUGAAGCUUUUUUUGAAAGAAAAGGAUAAAAUCAAUCCAAACACUACAGAAUCUAAGCAAGUUUUGUGUCAAGAAACUGAGGCUUGUGUACCUGUCAUACCAACUGGACAUUAUCAUUGCUGGAAUAUUGGUGGUUUACCAGAUGAAUGCUUUUUCCCUGCUCCAUACUUCAAUGAGUCAUCUAAGGUAUGUCACAAUGUUGUUACAGCUGUUAUGUUUAAUAUCAUACAUAAUGGUAUACAUGGGAUAAGCAAUGCAAGUGUAAGCUUUGAGAUGGCUUCUGUACAAGUAGGAGACACAGAAAACCUUGUAUCACAGAAGUUGGAAGUUAGUUUUCGGUGGGAAACAAACAAUAAUGUAACUUUUCAACGAAGUGGAAAUCCAGGUUAUAUUGUGGGUGAGCCAGUCCUAGCUGGCCACUUGGAUAGUGUUUUAGAUGUGAGUGGUUUAUCUCAUUCUGUGAUUUUGCUGGACAGUGAUAGAAAUAACUGGUUUACCAUUUUAAGAAGUUCUGCAAAUAGUAGGUGUGAUUCUCUCCAAAGUCGGUUACCGAUACAGUUUGGUGAAGACAUGCAUUCUGGGUGUGUCCUUCACUUAAAUAGCAUUACUCUAAGAACUAAGGGCUGUCAGUACAUUCAGAAAAUGGUUAUGCUUGCCUUGGUAGGAGACAACCCUCCAGAGUAUGUUGGCAAAUUUGGUAACUCUGAUAGACAUGAUCUUAAUGAUUGGUUGAGAAUACAAGAAGAAGGUAAACCAACAGAAGAAAUCUUGGAAUUAACACCAGAUGGUGUGUGUCCAAAUGUUGUGCUUGGACUUAACAUUAAUGUAUUGUUUGCAAAUAUGGGCUCUCUAGCUAGUCCUCAACCUAUAAUUAUUGGUGUUUUGUUUAAGUUCUCUGAACCUAAAGAAGUGAGGGUUCAUUGUUUUGGGGUUUACUGCUCUUCUGUGGCCAAAGAAUGGACUCAAGUUGUGAGAGUGACCACAUCAGUCAUGUUUGUAGAUGUUUCAGAACAAUCUGUACCACAUUAUGUCCAUCCACCUGUUUUAGAAGCUAGGCUACCUCAUGAUUUUUUCUAUCCAUUCUUAUCAGCUGGGAAUGAUAAACAAAGACAGUUGCCCAGCAUUCUACUAUUUUGGUUGCUGCUUUUACUUACAAGUAGAUAGGACUUAU